CACAGGUCGUGCUGUAACACCUGCCGCGCUGUAACACCGGCCCGGCGCGGAAGCUGGACGUCGGCGACUCGGGGCCCAGACUGGCGGCGGCGAUGGCCUCGGCGGCUGUGGAGAGCUUCGUGACCAAGCAGCUGGACCUGCUGGAGCUCGAGAGAGACGCGGAGGUGGAGGAGCGCAGGUCCUGGCAGGAGAACAUCUCUCUGAAAGAGCUCCAGAGCCGAGGCGUGUGUUUGCUGAAGCUCCAGGUAUCCAGCCAGCGCACUGGGCUGUAUGGACGGCUGCUGGUCACCUUUGAGCCCAGGCGAUGCGGGUCUGUGGCAGCUCUUCCCAGUAACAGCUUUACUUCUGGUGUGUGCUGUGGCCUGUACGAUGCUGCUAUGAGGGCAGCAGCUGCACCGGAAUCCUGACCGGGUCCCCAGAAGUCGGUCACGGUGGCCUUUGAUGUCCACGAUUUCCAGUUGAGUUUGGGAGAGAAUUCCUACAGACUGUUAAAACUUGCCAAUGAUGUCACUUACAGGCGACUGAAAAAAGCUCUGAUUGGCUCUAAAGAAGUAUCUUCUGGCCCAGCCUCCUCACUCAUAGAAGUGCUUGGCAGAUCUGCUCCCAGUCCUGCCAGUGAAUACGUAAGAAUUUUGAACCCGCUGACAUUCUUCAACACCUCCUUGGAUGCCUCCCAGAAAGAAGCGGUUUCAUUUGCGCUGUCGCAGAAAGAACUUGCCAUCAUCCACGGACCUCCUGGCACUGGGAAAACCACGACUGUGGUUGAGAUAAUUCUUCAAGCUGUGAAACAAGGCUUAAAGGUUCUGUGCUGCGCCCCCUCCAACAUCGCCGUGGACAAUCUGGUGGAGCGCCUGGCUCUGUGUAAGCAGCGGAUCCUGCGCCUGGGGCACCCCGCCCGCCUCCUGGAGUCCAUUCAGCAGCACUCCCUGGAUGCGGUUGUAGCGCGGAGCGACAGCGCCCAGAUUGUUGCCGACAUCAGGAAGGACAUCGACCAGGUCUUUGUGAAAAACAAAAAGACCCAGGAUAAGAGAGAAAAAAGUAAUUUUCGAAAUGAAGUUAAGCUGUUAAGAAAAGAACUGAAGGGGAGGGAAGAAGCAGCUAUACUCGAGAGCCUCACUUCGGCAAACGUGGUCCUUGCAACAAACACAGGUGCGUCUGCCGACGGCCCCCUGAAGUUGCUGCCCGAGAGCCACUUCGACGUGGUGGUCAUUGAUGAGUGUGCCCAGGCCCUUGAGGCGAGCUGCUGGAUCCCCCUGCUGAAGGCCAGAAAGUGCAUCCUGGCGGGCGAUCACAAGCAACUGCCCCCCACCGUAGUCUCUCACAAGUAAGACCCCUUUGCCGCACUCCGCCUCGUCAGUUUGCACAUGAUGGAGCGCCUGGCCGAGGAGUAUGGCGCAAGGGCGGUGCGGACGCUGACGGUGCAGUACCGCAUGCACCAGGCCAUCAUGCGCUGGGCCUCUGACACCAUGUACCACGGGCAGCUCACGGCCCACCCUUCUGUGGCGGGGCACCUGCUGAGGGACCUCCCAGGCGUGGCUGCCACAGAAGAGACGGGUGUGCCCCUGCUCCUGGUGGACACCGCCGGCUGCGGGCUGUUUGAGCUGGAGGAAGAGGACGAACAGUCGAAAGGGAACCCUGGCGAAGUCCGCCUCGUCAGUUUGCACAUCCAGGCUCUGGUGGACGCUGGUGUUCCAGCCCGUGACGUUGCCGUGGUCUCGCCAUACAACCUCCAGGUGGACCUGCUCAGACAGAGCCUCGCGCACAGGCACCCCGAGCUUGAAAUCAAGUCCGUCGACGGCUUCCAAGGCCGAGAGAAGGAGGCCGUGAUACUGUCCUUCGUCAGGUCCAACAGGAAAGGUGAAGUUGGUUUUCUUGCUGAGGACCGGAGGAUCAACGUGGCCGUCACCCGCGCCCGGCGCCACGUGGCGGUCAUCUGUGACUCCCGUACUGUCAACAACCAUGCAUUUUUGAAGACCCUGGUGGAGUAUUUCACACAGCAUGGGGAAGUACGCACAGCCUUUGAGUAUCUUGAUGAUAUUGUCCCAGAAAACUAUUCCCAUGAGAGCUCCCAGGGUCCCAGCCAUGCUGCCACAAAGCCCCAGGGCCCUGCUACAUCCACCAGGACUGGAAGCCAGCGGCAGGAGGGAGGCCGGGAGUCUGUAGCAGCUGCCAGACAGGGCCGGAAGAAGCCAGCUGGAAAGGCUCUGGCUGCUGAAGCCCCAUCUCAGCCCAGCCUCAACGGAGGCAGCCUGGAGGGAGUGGAGAGCCAAGACGGCGUGGACCACUUCCGGGCCAUGAUUGCGGAGUUCAUGGCCAGUGAUAAGACGCAGUUGGAGUUUCCACCUUCCCUCAAUUCCCACGACAGGCUGCGGGUCCACCAAAUAGCCGAGGAGCACGGGCUGAGGCACGACAGUUCCGGGGAAGGGAAGAGGAGGUUCAUCACCGUGAGCAAGAGGGCCCCGCCGGCCCCGCGACCCCCAGCAGCCCCGGGACCCCCAGCAGGGACCGGUGGCCCAGCCCCUCUCCAGCCAGUGCCCCCCAGCCCUGCGCGGACGGAGCAGCCUCCCAGAGAGCAGCGUGGCCCAGACCAGCCUGAUCUGAGACUGCAGAGGGUCAGGAGUGCGCAGGGGCAGCCUGCCAGCAAGGAGCAGCAGGCCUCGGGGCAGCAGAAACUUCCAGAAAAGAAAAAGAAAAAAGAAACCAAAGGACAUCCGGCCAUAGAUCUGCCCACGGAGGAGGACUUUGAGGCCCUGGUUUCUGCCGCCAUUAAGGCUGAUAACACCUGUGGCUUUGCCAAGUGCACAGCCAGCGUCACAGCCCUGGGCCAGUUCUGCCAGCUCUGUAGCCGCCGCUACUGCCUCAGCCACCACCUGCCUGAGAUCCAUGGCUGUGGUGAGAGGGCUCGCGCCCACGCCCGGCAGAGAAUCAGCCGGGAAGGGAUCCUCUAUGCCGGCAGCGGGACCAAGGACAGAUCCCUGGACCCAGCCAAGAGGGCCCAGCUGCAGAGGAGGCUGGAUAAGAAGCUGAGCGAGCUCAGCAACCAGAGGACCAGCCGGAGGAAGGAGAGGGGGACGUGACCGGCCACAUCCUCGCAGGCCCUGCGGAGCUCUCUCCAUGCCAGCCCAAGGCACCACCAGACCACGCUCUGCCUACACCAGGGAGGAAGAGCGGAGGGGCCUGUGGGGGAAGCUUGGGUUUUUGGACCCUGGGAUGAACUUUUCCAAUGUCAAAAUGUGGAGAAAAGCACCUGGGGGACAACAGUGCUCAU